AUGUUAUUCACACAUUUCUCACCUCUAGCUCUGCUUGUGGCUGCUGCCGCAGCGGACUGGAGUACGCAGCAAUGGGACGCUAUUGUUGUUGGUGCUGGGCCGGCAGGAAUAAUUGUUGCAAGCCGACUCGCUGCUGCUGGUCAUCAGACACUUCUACUUGAAGGUGGCGCUGCGCUUUCAUAUGGCGUUACAGGCGGUGAUCUCAACAGCCGAAGACCAUCCUGGCUCGCAGGCACAAGCCUCACCCGCGUCGACGUUCCCGGCCUGUACAAGUCCAUCUUCUCCGACGGGGGCGGCCUCACCUGUCCAGGAACCCAGGUAGCUGGAUAUGGAGGCUGUACCAUUGGUGGCUCCUCCGCCAUCAACGCCGGGCUCUUUUUCGAGCCGCCUGCUAGCGAUUACGACCUCUACUUCCCUGCCGGGUGGAAGUCCGCGGACAUGGAGAGCGCCACCACGCGUCUCUAUGCCACCCAAUCGUCGACGAAUCUGACUUCUCAAGACGGAACCCGGUACCUGCAGACUGGGUACACAGCUGCUAGAAAGUGGCUGGUUGACGGAUUGGGCUUCAAAGAUGUGGAUAUCAAUGCGCAGGCGAACGACAAGACGCAGGUGUUUGGAUAUCCGAUCUUCGACUAUUCGAAUGGGCAGAGAGGAGGCCCCGUAACGAAUUAUUUGCAGAGCGCAUUGAAGCGGACAAACUUCAACUUACAGAGCGGUGCAAGAGUUACCCGCGUGGAGCGAACGGGAUCAAAAGUAACUGGCGUAACGGUCUCGGUGGGAGGUGUCGACAAAGUCGUCAACUUGACGCCGAAAGGGAGAGUCAUUCUUAGCGGAGGAGCGCUGCAGAGUCCCAGUCUACUAAUGUACUCUGGCAUCGGAGAUCCAGCUGAAUUGACGAAGCUUCAGAAUGGAAACAAGCUGGCUUCGAACAUGGCGCCAGCGCAGUGGAUCAACUCGACAGCCGUCGGCUCGGGACUCUUUGACAAUCCAAACACAUUCAUCGAGCUCUCGGGGCCCUCGAUCGAGUCAUACACAUACUCAUAUGACAACCCUCCUGCUGGCGACAGAGACCUCUACCUCCAGAAGCGGAGCGGACCAUACACAUUCGCUAGCCAGACAGCCGUAUUUUGGGACACCAUCAAGCACCCCGACGGCAGCGUGACGGGACUCCAAGGCACGAUUGACUCCUCCGGCUACGCCGACUUCAACGACCAAAACACCAUCACUCUCAACGUAUACGGCACUUCCGGCCUGAAGUCCACUGGCCGGGUCGUCUUAGACGCAAGCCUCGUCCCCGGUCCCGACGGCAGCGUGUACUACUCGAAUCCCCGCGACGCCCAGGAUAUUGCGUCGUGGAUCCACAAGCUGUUCCAGAAACUGCCCGACUCAGGCCUCACCCCGCGCAACAUCCCCCAGCAAGCCUCCCAGGCGGACAUUGAGAAGUACAUCACGACCUUCUCGCCGUAUGCCCGGGGGCAGGUGAAUCACUGGACGAGUAGCUGCCGAAUCGGCACGUGUGUGGACAAGAACACCGUCGUGAUCGGGACGACGAACUUGCAUGUCGUGGACUCCAGCAUCGUCGCGCCCCUCACCGUGAACCCGCAGUUCGGCGUCAUGGUUGCCGCUGAGAGAGCAAGCGAGCUGAUUCUGGCGUUGGAUGGGAAGAAGAUUGUUUGA